UUAGUAGGAGGGGCAAAUGGAAAUUAGUCCGUAAAAGAAUAAAAGUAUUCAAAAAAUUGAAAAAUUUGUCACUUUGAAAACAGGGUUCGGUGUAAAUUAGUGCAAAAUGAACUACCUGAUUAUUUGUGCAAUCUUGGCUGUAGCUUUUGCAGCUCCACAAAGAGUGGACGAAGAUGAUGGCCAAUAUCACCCUGAAAACAGUGGACAAUAUGCCGCUGAUGGUGCUGGAGCAUAUAGAGGUGUUCCAACUUCAGCCUUGGGUUCUCUAGUUUCUCAAUACCGCCCUCAACCAAAAGCAGUAAAUUAUUAUCCAGGUGUACCAACCCAAUAUAACAAUGGCCAAAAUGGUCAGUACAGAUCUGACAGUCAAGAUGAUGGUCAAUAUCACCCAGAUCAUUCCGGAGAUUACAAUGGAGAUGGUUCAGGAGCAUACAGUGGUGACAAUUCCGGUGCUUACAGUGGUAUCCAAGGAGGAGCUUACAGUGGCAACCAAGGAGGAGCUUACAGUGGCAACCAAGGAGGAGCUUACAGUGGCAACCAAGGAGUUGGCGCCAGAAACUACAGAUAUCAAGGUGCUGGUCAAGGGCAAGUAACCAGACCCGUAGUGCAACCAACCGUACGUGCACAACCCGUAUCUAGAUACCAAGGUAACGCAGCUCAAGCUGGUGCACAAUCUGCAUAUCGUAACAACGGACAAUACAGCAAUAAUGGACAAUACAGCAACGGUCAACACAAUGUACAACACAAAAGCCAAGAUGGAUACAACAAUAAUGGACAAUAUAGAAUCAUUCGUAAAUCAGAAGAAAUUCUUGAAGACGGAUAUCAUUAUUUCUAUGAAACUGAAAAUGGUAUUACCGCCGAAGAAGAAGGUCAUCUCGUAGAAAGAGGAACUGAACACGAACAUAUGUACGUUAAAGGUUUUUACACUUACCCAGCCCCUAAUGGUGAAAAAUAUACUGUUGAAUACACUUCUGAUGGUGUAACUGGAUUUGUCCCUGUUGGCGCCCACCUCCCAACUGCUCCUGAAGCUCAACAACGCUCUGUAGUUCAACAACAAUAAAUAUAUUUUGUAUAAAAUAUAUUAUCUACGUUAUACGUAGUAAAUUUGUAAAGUUAAUAGAACCCAAUAUAAUUUAAUAAAUA